AUGGCUCUACCUUUCAAAUUGGCUACAUUCCACAUUAUUUUCUCAACUUUUCUAUACUGUACAGUAACAUGUUCUCCGCCAGAAAACCGAUUAUUAGCUGAUUUGCUAAGAGGUUACGUAAAGGAAGAACGACCGGUCGUAGACAGUUCCCAACCUGUCGUGGUUAAACUUGGCGUUUCUUUACAACAAAUCAUUGAUUUGGUAUGAUUUUGGGAUGUUUUUUUGUAAUCUUCAACAAUAAGUGUUAUAAUAAAAUUAAAGUUUGAAAAUUUUUUAAAAAAUUAAAAUUUUUUUUGAAAUUAACUUUUUAAUUUUAUAUGUUUUUUUAAAUAUCUUGUCGUAUUUUACUUUUCAAAUUGUUUAGAAUGAACGGAAUGAACAAUUAUCAGUGAAUAUGUGGCUUACCUUCUCUUGGAAAGAUGUCAAUUUACAAUGGGAUCCAAGGGAGUAUGAGUACGUUUUUAAAACUUUUUCAUUAACCCUAUCGUAAAUUUUACUAUUCUAAUGUAAAAAAUAAUUUCAGAAACGUCACCGACCUCCGCUACCCCUCUGACAUGCUUUGGCGUCCAGAUAUUCUUCUCUACAAUUCGGUCGAUUCGGCUUUCGACUCGACCUACAAGGUAAACAUGGUUGGAGACUCAAAUGGUAUGAUAACAUGGAUUCCCCCAGGCAUUUUUACAAUAUCAUGUAAACUAGACAUUUACUAUUGGCCUUGGGAUGAUCAGAUUUGUUUUUUCAAAUUUGGGUCAUGGUCCUUCUCCGACCGGUAUAUUAAUCUACAACCGGGGGAUUUCGACGUGAGUACGUACAUUGAGAACGGCGAAUGGGUACUGAUGAAGUACUGGGUGAAUCGGACUGAGAAGUUUUAUGAAGCUCUGCCAAAUGAUCCUUUUCCUUAUAUUACCUUCUUUCUGCAUAUUAGGAGGCGGACGUUGUAAGUUUUUAAGCAGUAAUGAAGUUGAAAUUUUAAAAAUUUUAAAAAUGAUGACUUUUGAGGUCAUUUUCAUUUUAAAGAUCUUAAUUUCAUCUUCGUUUUAAGCCCCAAAACAUCCAAAAACCUCAUUUUAGAUAUUACGCUUUCAACCUAAUAAUGCCAUGUGUACUAACCAUGAUCUUAGUAGUACUAGGCUUUACAUUGAAUCCAUUUUCUUGUGAAAAGAUUGGUCUACAGAUCUCUGUAUCUUUGGCCAUUUGUAUCUUUAUGACAAUUAUGGCCGAAAUGACUCCACAGACUUCUGAAGCCGUACCCUUAUUAGGCAUCUUCUUCCAAAGUUGUAUGGUAAUCAGUGUGUUGGCUACGGCAUUCACUGUCUAUGUACAGAGUGUUCACUUCAGGUGUCAUGGUGGCGGGCAGAGAAUGGGCUUUUGGGUGGGUUUAGGGGUUGAUACUGAAAUGUUUUUUUAUAUUUGGAUUCACAGUAAUUUUAUUAAGUUGCUCAAUUAAUUUUGUGCUCCUAAACUUCAAAAAAUUGAUUGUUUAAAUAAUUCUGUGCCUACCUUACCUUGAAAAUUAGCUUUAAAGGUAGCUCAAAAUUACUUGAACAACAUAAUAAGUUAAAAACAAACAAGGAAAUUGUCAUGGUAAAAUACGAGGUGGUAUUCUUUUAUAAAAUUAUUUAAUUUAUAUUGAAAAGGAAGUACUUUUAGAUGAGAUACGUUCUUCUCGAGUUGAUGCCAUGGUUGUUGAGGAUUCAGCGGCCAAAACAGAAAGUUAAUUUAAACACUUUAAAGGCUAGUCUACGGAAACGUAAAGAAGAAACUUUACUAUCGGAUGAAGAAAGAGUAGGUUGAGGGAAGUUGUAACCAUAACGUUUUUUCUAUUUAAAAAUUCUAAAUUAAAAAAAAUAUUUUUGAUUUGUGGAAAAAUCGUUAGCAUCUUAGGCUUGUCUUUAUGUUUAGAAGACUAAGCUUUACACUUUCAAUUACAAUUCAACCUACUUCUUUCAGGACGAUCCAGAAGAAUUCAGCAAGCAAAUCGAUCAUUAUGCCUAUUCAAUCAAAGGAUCGAAUUCAUUUUUGGCCGGAAAAUUGUAUUCUCUCAACAAAAUCUACGGACAUAUUAGGGUAAGAUCAUUUAUUAAGCCUUUAUAAUUACUUUCAACUUUACUAAGCCAAGCCCAACUAUUUAUCUGGCCGAAGCAAAUCAGCAAGCUGGUUCAGCGCACGUAAGCUUGAGAGCAUGAGCUUGAAGCCAGGUUUGGCCUUUGUGCUGAGCCUAAAAAAUGACUUCGGCCUCUUUAAACAUGUCUCCUCUCCCCCAAUAUAAAAUUUAAAAUUAAAAAAAAAUUAAUUUUAUAAAAAAUUCUGAAUUUUCAGACGAUUCGCUGUGCCAACGAUGACGCAGCCGAAGAGAAUGAAAUUCGAUCGGAAUGGCAGUUUGGAGCUGUAAUCGUAGAUCGGAUCUGCUUGAUUGUGUUCACUUUGCUUAUUGUCAUUACGGGUACCACUAUUGCUGUUCAGGCACCUUAUUUGGUGGCUUGA